AUGUGCUCCCUCCCCAUGGCAAGAUACUACAUAAUUAAGGAUGCCGACCAGCAGGCUCUGUACAUAAGAGGCGACCAGCUCUUGGUGGGAGACCCUGAUGCGGACAACUGCUGUGCAGAGAAGAUCUGCAUACUUCCCAACAGAGGCCUGGACCGCACCCAACUUCCCAUCUUCCUGGGGAUCCAGGGAGGCAGGCGCUGCCUGGCCUGUGUGGAGGCAGGGGAGGGGCCUGCCCUGAAGCUGGAGGAUGUGAGCAUCGAGGACCUGUACAAGGGCGGCGAGCAGGCCACACGCUUCACCUUCUUCCAGAGAAGCCUGGGCUCCGCCUUCAGGCUCGAGGCUGCAGCCUGGCCGGGCUGGUUUCUCUGUGGCCCGGCUGAGCCCCAGCAGCCGGUUCGACUGGCCGAGGAGACUGAACCCUCCAUCCGCACUGAGUUCUACUUUGAACAGAGUCGUUUGGUUCACCAGUGCCCAGAGCAGCUGCUGGUACAGCGGGAGGUGCUGAGCAAAUGCAAAAUCUCCAACAACUUGGUAGAUGAUCACUUGGUUCCUGUCGGGAGAGGAAGAGGCUCCAUGAGAGUUAGAAGACACAGUGCCAAUGGGAGCCUGCAGGGCUCUGGGGAAACGAUGGAGGCUCUGGUCCUGGGGGUUUCAGAGGGAGACCUGAAGUGCCUUCUGAUAGGUGCAGUUCAGAGGUGCCACUUCCCGAGCUGUCCCUUAAACACCUUCUCCUCCCCGGUGACCACACCAGAGGCUUCAUCCCACAACCAGCAACUCAGCACUAUCCUCAUGGACAUUCCCGGGAGCAGCUCACUGUGGGUCUUACCCACUAUUCACAUCUCAGAGUGA